UGUUUGUAGGACAUUGAUAUGGCCUUGAGGCGACGGGGGGUGGGCCUCCUGGCAGUAAGCAGUAAGGUAUACAAGGAGAGUAGGCUUGGAAAUGAAUCCAGAUCCUACUAUACGAUCACCCUCAUAAGAGCAUAUCCUAGGAGAAAGAAAUUACCGGACAUUAGGAACUGCAAAACAACAAUAGCUUUAAAGAAGAUUUUAAAUCACCGGAUUACUGGAGCAGCAGUCUCCAAGGUUGGUUUCAGCGACCAGGGGCCCCAGUGGCGUGUCAUGCGUGGGCAGCCAGAGGACAUGGGGAGCCCACUACACAAGAGGACACCCACCAAGGAAGGGUGGGUCUUCUUGGAGAAACAUGAUGGUGCCAAUUUCCACAUAGAAAUCAUGAUGAACCGGGUGUCAUGCGAGGACUGCCAGCCGGAGAUUUUCUAGUUUAUACAUUCAAAAUUUUAUUAUUAUUUUCCUUUAGCCUUAACAAUCAAUUUUUACCUUCCCUUUCGUCAAUUCCAAAUUCAAAACUUUAUAAAAUCCAUAUAUAUCAAAAUUUAAUUCAUUAUUUUUCUUAGCUUCAUUCUGUAUCAUUUCCAAUUUUUCGUUAUGUGCCAAUUCUUAGUUGUUUUGUAUUAAUCAUGUUGAUAGUACUGAUACAUAAUGUUGAAUUGUUUUUCAUAAAUCAUGUUCCAACAAUUUUCACCUCAAGUUUUGUGAUACACCUGAUGUCAUUUCGAUAUUUUAUUUAGUGUAAAUCACACAAAUUUUUGUGCACUUUAAACUUUCAACCUUCAAUUUUUAGCUUCUUUCUGUAUCAUUUCUAAGUUUUCAUUAUGUGCCAAUUCUUAGUUUGUUUUGUAUUAAUCAUGUUGAUAGUAUUGAUACAUAAUGUUGAAUUGUUUUUCAUUAAUCAUGUUCCAACAAUUUUUAC